AUGCGGGUUUUCGGCUGCCGACCAUUUGUGCUGACCCCUAAGGAAAAGAGAUCAAAAUGGGAUCCGAAGGCCCGUGAAGGACGAUUCAUGGGGUACGAAGAAGUGUCAAAGGCAUAUCGCGUUUACGACAUUGAAGCGGAUCAAGUGGUGAUAUCUCGCGAUGUCACAUUCGACGAAUCAACGUUUGGUUUCUCGCCGACGCUACCACAAGAAAUUGUUGAUGACACUGCGCUGGAUAUCGAAUCGAUGAACAUCAGCGACGAGCCUCACCCUAUGCAGUUCAAGCAAAUUGGAAAACGCAAAAGCCGUUCAAACAGCCAAGAACAAGCUCUGCAACGUGAUGAACUUUAG